AUGGGGCACGCCUCUGUCUCGCCGAUCGAUCGGUGCUCAUUGGAUUGCGGUCCUUUGUUAGGUUCGGUGGCUCUGUUGUUGCUUCUCUUCAGCGAUUUGUGUUCUUGUUCCUGCAAAGGAGCUACGUUGUGUGACUUUUUCAGGUCUGACUCUGAGAACUGCACCAAAUCCGCUGAUUCUGCUGGCCGUUGCGUGUCGAAGCACGCUGAUCAGAACUCUGUCAUACUCUCCUCAGUUCAGUACGAGGAAGACCUGAUGAAGUUCAUCGGUGAGUCAGCUGCACCUGGUGAGAGUGUCGAUGAAAGCGAUGCUGAGUUUUCCAACUUCGAUCCAUUCAUUUCUGGCGAAUUACCCAGCUAUUGCUACAUUGACCCUACUCGGCCACCAGUCAAUUUUUCCGAUCCCGAGAGUUCGUCAUUUCCUGACAUUGUGCAUGCCGAUUGUGUACUGAAAGUGUGGAACGAAGAGGGUAACACCCAUCGUCCUGUUUCCUACCAAGAACAGCCGUAUGUCUCAUCUAUCCAGAAGCCAUCUCGUCGCGGUCGCCCCAUGAAAGUCACCAGUACUUCGAAGAUGGCCAAAUAUGCGAGGAGUUAUCGAGAGCAGAAGAAGAAUCAGCUGCUCGCAUGUGAGGCUCGGAUAAAGGAUUUGACUGAGGAGAACGAGUUCCUUCGUUCAGAGAAUAAGCGUCUCUCAGAGGGAUUUGCUCGACUGACCGAGCAAGUCAAUCGUCUCCGAAAGAUGGUUGACAGAAAUUCCUACGCUUAUCGAGAUCCUUUGCAGACUCCACAUUUCAACUAUCCUUCAUAUGAAAAAGAUUCAACCGACGACGAUAUGAGUAGUUUCACCAAGUACCCGCAGUAG